AGAAGUGCCACCACCUACUGAAUAGCACACUUUGCACAUGGUCUCUAGAAGAUACAACCAGCAAACAGCUAUACUUCACGAAAACCUUUAAUCAGAAUUGCAGAUAUGUCAAUUGGUAGGUCUGUCACAACCGAUACCUAGCCGUUUACCAGGUUAUGAGUGCCACACAGAGUGCAGAGUCAGCCAUGGACUAUCUCCUGGCUCAAAUCAAGCCUCGGGUCACUCGGGAUACAUACUAUGCGCUGUACGAUUACAAGAUCAUGGUUAUAUAUUCCAUCAAUAUGGUUAGUGAAACUACCAGGAUGUUGGCGUUACUAUACUAUUCCACUGCAUGCCGUGAGCUGGAGAUCUUUCGAGAGGAUCCGGUGUACGGGAUUCAACGAAUCGCAUCGAGGAUACGUAAACUUUGGAUAGAUAUAGCUGCGUAUGCACUGGUAUUUGUAAGGCUGUGCUUCAGAACUUUCUGUAGAAUCGUUCGAGAUAGAUGUACAGAUAAAUAUCCUAAACCCGGCAGCUUUACAGAGCUUAUCGCAGUCAUCCGGGAUGUGAUAGUUCUAUUCGUAGCUGAGGUGCUUGUGCGCAUGCGAACGCUUGCCCCGAGCACAUCCUGGAAGACGCAUCAGUGCGAUGAUAGACAAUCGUCAUAUUGAAAGAAACCAACAGGAGAGGAUACUUACACGAGUGGAAGAUAUUCGAUGCAUGGCUCUUGGUGUGCUUAGAGCCAAUGCACACAGGAAGUAAAGUAGCAACAUGCAACUUGCAUGUUU